CUGAUGCGAGAUGGACCUGGAUAUUUGUGUUUUAGGUCGCUUGUAUUGUUUUUAUUGCAGGAAUGAAUUAAAGAGAAUAUUUAGAAAUUUAAUGCUGGGAAAAAAUGUAUCCUAUUUCUUUAUGUAUUAAUGAAUUAGUGUGGACGAAAACAGCAAAAUUGCAAUAAAAACUGACAACGAUCGAUUGACUUGUUGACAGAGCGAGAUUGAACCCUCCUCGAUUUUUUUCAAGAAAGGAAAAGUAUUUUUGUAAUUAAGUCAUGGAAGACACUGGUGGUUGUGGAGUAAUUAUGCCAUGGAAAGAGCCCAUAAAUGGAAAGAAAGCUUUUUUCUCAGAUGAAGUUUUUUGUCAAAUUGUUGGACCAGAACCAAGUCUUGAGAUGAAAGUAAGCAAAUUACUUGAUGACCUUGGCUUUGCACCUGCUCCAGGGCAACUAACUCCACUAAAGAAUAAUUCAGGUGCAUGUAAAAAACAGCCACCUAAAAAUUCUGACUGGCUAACUGGUGAUGGAACCCAGUCAUCAACUUCUGCUCCUCAACUUGGUGUUGAUACUAGUGGAACUCUGCCAGGCUGCAAUCCCAGAAAUCUGAAUAAUGGCAGAAAGUUUCCUGGUAAAAAUGUGAUAGCUUCAAAUAAGGGGAAAAAAUUUAGAUCAGAAAAUGAAGCACAGAUGUCCUCUCUCCAACAUGACCAGCACAUUAAAUAUCUGAAUUUGUUCAAGAAGUGUACCCAGCAUUUCUUUAAUGGAUUUGCCAAACCACCUACUGAAGAAGAACUUAAAGAGCUUAAAGAGUUUGAGUCUUUGCAGAUGAUUGUAGCAAAAGAGCAGGAACAGUUUCAAGCCUAUCUGCAUCAGAUGGCUCAAGCCAAUUCAUCUCUCUAUAACUUCCUCCUACCACAUAUGGAGAAAUAUGCUUCAGAGAAGGAGCAGAGUAGCCGGAAAAGGGCCGAGCUGUACCCUCGCCACUACAAUCAGCAUGGCAUGAUAGCUUUGACAGUAAACAUCACUGAGCAACCUCAAGUUGCCAUGACAUUUAUUCAAACACUUCUCACAGUUGGACAGAAGUCAAAAGUGGUUCUGCCAGAACUGAAAUCCAGUCCUAAGUGCAUCAUUCCCUUUGAUCAUGACAAGAUAAAGGCACGCUUUCCAUCACAGUGCUCUUCCAGCAGAUGGCAUGAUUCCUGGGAUCACCAGCCAGUAACUAAAGACAAAAAUGUUGAGAGCCUUCUCCAGAAGUACUCAUGUCAAGUGGUGACCAGUGCCAGUGUCCUGACAAGACUUCUGGAUAACCAUGCACCAGACUUUGCAGCUGCCUGGGAGAUUCCUGUUGUUGUUAAACACAGUGAUGAGCAGGGAAAAGUGGUACUUCUUGACAAGCCUCUGAACCCUAAGUGUUUGCAUCCAUGUGAAAAGAAAACUUUGUACCUACAAAAAGCUUUACGUACAUUCCUGUGCCACCCUCAGCAGGUCAAAAAAACUUUUCGGCAAGAUGCCAGUGGGCAAAGUGCUCAACAGCACAAGCCUACAAGCAAGCUCACAACUGCUGGAGAAAGUGACCUGUUUGAGCCAGAUUUUAGCAUGGAGGACCUAGAAACUUUUGGUUCUGACAAUUUUAGCCGUAAGUCUGGCAAAGAUAUGGACAGAUGUUCCCUUCAGUCUUCUCUUGCACAACAUAAGCCUUUCAUGGAGUUUGGUGGUGCAGCAGGAGAAGGAACAUAUGCAAGGUGUGCAUUUCAGAAGCAAGAAACACAAAGCACUUCAAGUAAACCUGGUGGCAUUGAUAUGAUUUCAGACUAUGUUAAGUCUGAAGGGAAUGUUGAUGAUUCAGAUUCAGCCAAAGAAACUGUUAAAAGUUCUAACUGUAGGCCACAGAUGUCUGAACAGGAAAGUGAAAAAGAUAUUCAAAUACCUCCCAGGAGUCUAGAGCAGAUGGCUUCGAUGGCGACUUCAGAGACCAAGAAACAGAAUCUUUACUGCUUAUCACAGCCAGAUGACUUGUCGUCAGAUGAUGAUAUGCUGGUUAUUGCACUACCAGAGAGUAAAGAUAAUCCAAAACCUGCAAAGACAUCUUUACAAGAGGUUACUCUUGACUUGCAGGCUGCUGCCCCAAAUCCUCAAAACUUACCAGAUAACUCCAAAGUUAGGACAGACUUUGUGGAACCAUCUGUUGUUUCACCCACAGCAUGCAGGGUGACACCUUCUAUGAUGAACCAUCAGAGUGAUGCAAUAUCAGAAGGUGAUAGUGAAGCUUCAGUGGCAUCUCAGAGAGUUCAGGGUCAAAAACGAAAAUUUUCAUGUGAGAAAACAGAAAAGCUUCAAAAGACCCCUAAGUUGCUUGAAAGAAAAGAUAGAAAUGAACCAGCCCAAGCCAUGAACGCUGCCUCAUCUACUUUAGACUCCAUCCUUCAGCUGCAGAGGGAAAUGCUUCCACAAGGGGAGAAUACUAAACAGGAGCAAGAAAAUCCAGCAGAGUACCUGCAUCCUGCACGUCCUGGGGAAAGUGUCAGCUACAACAUGUGGGACUUGGCAGGUAUAGCUCUCUUGGUGCGAACCUCCAGCCAUGGAUUUCUUAGAAAUAUGAGACAGCAGCAGUGCCCAGUGUACCUUGUUGGGAAACCAGAGCGACAAGUUGAGCAUGGACUGGAGCAGCUGACUCGCAGUGAGACUGUCAAGUCAUGGCUGGGCUGCUACCUGCGGCCUGGGUCUCAUCUUGUCCGAGCGCGAAUCAACAUGCAGAAUAAUCAGAUCGUGCACCUGGAGGAGGUUCCAGCAACACAGAUUUUGCAACCGUCACUAGGUUUCAAUGGACAAGCCGCGUUCGCCUUGCUGAGAACCAUCUUCGAGGAGCUGAGAACGUUACCAGCAGGAAGCUACCUCCUUUCGCACGACCCCGGAGCUGACUGCAUGACACUGAAGGCAGCCAGCGGAAACAAGAGGUCAGGGUAUGAUCUUCACUUUCACUACAUGGGCUUCAGCAUUGUUGACCAGAAUGACCGGACUGUACCCUGGGUACCUGUAGAUCCUACCAUCAUCCUGCCACAUCACUGGCAAAAGGGUGUCAUUCCUGCUACCUUCAUGCCUAAAGAUUUUGAUGCUGGUAGAAAGAAACUACCACAAAGACAGUACAAUCAGCAACAGCGAACCCAGCACAAGAAGAAGAAGAAAAACAAGAAGACAACAUAAAGUGUUAAUGUAUUUCUAUCAAUAAAACUGAAACCCUGGGUUAAGUGAGAUUCGUCAUGCAAGCAAUUUUAAACUAUUCAUUUUUCAUACUCGUCAUUUGGUCGUCUGGCAGAAGUGUACAGAGAAGGUUUUUUAAAGCUCAGCACAAUAAAUUGUUUGAAGAUC